AGUCGCCGAUUUGCCGUCGGGUUGAGCGUUGAGCGUCGGGUCCAAUUGUCGCGAGCGCGUCUGCAAGCAUAAACCUAAUUGAAUCCUUCAACGCGUUGAUCGCAGGGGGCGGCGCAAUCAAUCGAUGCGAGUCGCCGCCACCGCCAUCGACGCUUUCUGUUCUGGGUGGUGCGUGUAAGACAACAUGGAUAUAGACAUGGAGGACGACCACCAGUCAGAUGAGCAAGACCCACACGCACACUUCUUCUGGCAGGAGCUUGCCCCCGUCCUGGUGUGUUAUGGUAUCACCUUCAUCUUCGGCUCCGUCGGCAACGCGCUCAUUGUCUACGCUACAUAUCGCAAUGGCCGAAUGCAGAGCGUCACCAACGUCUUCCUCGCCAGCCUUGCCAUUGCCGAUCUACUUUUGAUCAUCCUCUGUAUCCCAGUCAAGGUAGCUAAAUUGUUCUCGUACACCUGGGAUGCUGGAUGGUUAUUGUGCAAAGGAGUACACUACGUGCAAAAUGUCAGUACCUUGUGCAGUGUUUUUACUUUGACUGCCAUCAGCGUGGAGAGGUACUACGCCAUUGUGCAUCCAAUGAAAGCCAGAUACAUCUGUACAAUUAGUCAAGCCCAAAGGGUCAUAUUGAUAACAUGGUGUUUAUCAAUCUUAUUAGCAACGCCUAUACUGCACGUGCAGAUUAUGCAACAGGUUGGAGAGGAACACCAGGACUUUUAUUGGUGUAUCAGGGAUUGGGACAGUCCUUACUGGCGUUGGCAUGAGAUCUACAUGUUGCUACUGGUGCUAAUCAUACCUUUUUGUAUUAUGACUUUAACCUAUGUUGCUAUUUGCUGGGAGGUGUGGAAUGUCAUGGAGAGACGCCAUAUUAUGACCAGCAGCCAUGCAUUGAAUAGAAAAGAAUGUGCUAUACCCUUGAACGAGGUAAACUCUCAAGGAACACCUAUCCAACAACAAUCUCAAGGAAAUUCAAAUUGCGCAGGUCGUAGAGAUGACAGUAAAACAGUCAAACAAGUCAUUUAUAUGUUAGUAGUCAUCGUGUUAGUCUUCGCUAUAUGCUGGACGCCAUUACUAGUCGAUAACCUCCUCACAGCUUAUGGUAUUUUAAGUCCUGUGAGAGGAGGAUGGGAGAAACACAUGGGAACCAUAUUUACACUCAUGGCCUACUUCAAUAGUUGUAUAAACCCGGUGAUAUAUGGUUUUAUGUCAAAAAAUUUCCGAGACAGUUUCCGCUCGGUCCUAUGCUGUUUCCUACCACGACAGCGUGACCAACGGCACAUGAAACCAGUCACCAGCAGCGUGCGGCAAAUCUCACGCACCGGGUCCCAGACACGCAACACCAUCGUGCGAUAGGAUGCCUUAACCUCUCAAUCACAGUAUUAUUAAAUACAUAACCUCAAAUAUCAGAAUAUGCCUUAACCUGAACCGAUCACUAGUUUAGAGCAUUGAUGCGCCAGUCAGUAUACAGUGUGUCCACUUUAUUGUAUGUAAUAAUGUCUUAACAUAUUGAAACGAACAAAUAUAUAGAUAUACCUUUAUAA